AUGGAUUGUCAUGUACAUAAUGAUAUAACUGGAACAAGUAUAAUGUUACAUUUGGCAACAAUUGAAGAAGAUAUGGGUGAAAUUGAUAAUCCAUUAAAAUAUAAUAUAGAUAAAAAUGACUUUCCAUUACAUUUACAAUAUAAGACACAUGUAAAAUAUAUUAAAAAUGAUAUGAAUGAUGAUAUACAUGAAAUAAAUAAGCAAACAUCAAUAGAAUCUAUGACUACAACAGCACAUCAUCAACAUGAGAUGGAAACAUCAACCAUGUCUUCUAUCAACGCGGAUAACAUAAGUUUAAAAGAUUAUUUCGAGCGAACUUCUUGUUCUGGUUCACCAACCUUACCCGAUAAACUUUUAUCAUCAGCAUCAGCUACUGCUACAUUAUCACCGCCUGGAAUUCAUCUAGUAGCUAGUUCUACUAGUUUAACUAGUAGUGGUAAACGACGUGGGCUUGGUUUAAGUGGAGUUCAUCGAGCUAGUUAUAAACGAGCACAUACAGGACGAUUAUCUCUUGAUCAUACACCAUAUGAAUUAUUUAUUGAAUUACAAGAAUUAAGACAAGAUGGAAAUAAUGAAUAUACAUGGCAUGAAUGUGCAAGAUGGAUUCGAUAUGAAGAAGAUUAUGAUAUGGAAAUGGAACUUUGGCAAGCUCCACAUGUUGGUUGUUUAAACUUUCAUAGUUUACUCGAAAUACGUCGUGGUUUACAAUAUGGUAUUGUAUUACUUGAUCUUGAAGAAGAAAAACUUGAAUGUAUUUAUGAAGCUAUUAUUAAUGAUGCUAUUGCUAAUGGACAAAUGAAUAAAGAUGUUAAAGAUGAACUUCUUCGACUUUUAACAAGUAAUCAUAAACAUCCUGAAAUUCGUUCAUUUCGACGACGAUCAUCAACAAUAGAUUAUUCACAAUUAACAACACGACGAUCAAGUUUAGCUGUUCGAAGAAAUGAACAGCAUAAUAAUACUGAUAAUAAUAAUACACGACGAAUGAGUCUUUUAGAAUCAAAAUUAAAUGGUGAUUUAAAUAAAAAUUCUAGAACUCUUAUUGUUCAAUAUGAUAAUAUUGCUGAAUCAAUUGUAACUGAUUUACAUACAAAAAUGAAUUCUUCCGAUGAAUUUCAACAAAAUAUCGAUAAUAAUAGUAAUGAAAAUACUGCUCGAACACAACGAUCAUCAUCUGUAUCACAAGCUUUUGCUUUACGUCGACAAUCACAAACUUUAACAAAAAAAUCUCGCGAAUCAAUUCCACAUAAAUCUGAUUUAAUGCGACGUAUUCCAGAUAAUGCUGAAUGUGCUGAAGUAUUAAUUGGUAGUAUGAGAAAUUUAACUAGACCUAUUAUGGCAUUUGUACGUCUUUCACAAGGUCAACUUAUAAAUAAUAUAACUGAAAUUCCCUUACCAGUUCGUUUUCUUUUUUUACUUAUUGGUCCAGCUAUGGAUGAAUACUUAGAAAUUGGUCGUGCACUUAGCACAUUAUUUAGUACACUUGAUUUUCGAGAAACAGCUUAUCAAGCAAUGGAUCGUCGUGAUUUACUUAAUGGUGUAAAUGAUUUUCUUUCUGAUUCAAUUGUUUUACCACCAGGAGAUUUUGAUAAAGAACUUUUAUUACCUAUAAUCGAAACAGCUAAAUUAAAAAAAAUGAAUGCAAAACGACGUUCAACAAGAGCACGAUCUCAAAAUAGUGAUCGACCAAAUGAACAAGAACAUCGAUCAUCACAAAUUUCAAAAAUUUUAUUACCACAAAUCUCUUCUUCAACACAUGAUAAACAAGAUGAAGAUCCUUUUAAACGAAGUGGUUUUAUAUUUGGUGGCGUUUAUCAUGAAAUACGUCGACGUUAUCAUUAUUAUAAAUCAGAUUUUCUCGAUGCUUUUAGUCUUAAUUGUCUUGUUAGUCUUAUAUUUAUGUUUAUUGCAUGUCUUGCACCAGCAUUAACAUUUGGUGGUAUUAUAGCUGAUAAAACUAAUAAUAGAUUAGGUGUUAAUGAAAUGUUGAUUGCAUCAUCAGUUAAUGGUUUUUUAUUUGGACUUGUCAGUGGACAGCCAUUACUUAUCCUUGGACCCACUGGACCUUUUCUUGUCUUUGAAGAAAUGGUCUUUGAUGUAAGUAUAUAUAUAUAUAUAUUAAAAUAUUAUUAAAAAGUAGACAUCAGUGAGAUAUGAAAAAAAAAUUUAAAACAUAAGUCUUUUUAGUUAAUCUAUUCAGAGUUAUAGUCUCUGGCAUGGUAUAUAUACCGACAAAUCGAAUAAUAGUAUUUCGGCCUGAGAUUUUUUUUUUCAUAGAUAUGUCUAUUUGUCAGUAGAAUGUUCUGAAAAUUUCAGUGUAAAAGAAGAUUUAUUUUUUUGAGAUAUUGAAGUUCCAGAAAUUACUCAUAUUCCAUGAAAGAUGCUAGAAUUUUCUGUUGUUUUUUUUUUGGGACUUUAAUAUCUCGAGAAAGAAAUAUUCUUUUGAGCUGAAAUUUUUAGAAUAUUCUACUGGUAAACAGACUUGUUUGUUAGAAAAAAUUUCAAAUCGAAAUAUCGUCAUUCGAUUUAUUGGUAUAUUUUCUUUUCAUAUCUUACUGAACUUUACCUCAUACACAGAGUUCGAAUGCAAAACAAGUUAUUAAUUGUUAUUUCUAUGGGAUCACCCAUCCAAUAGUAUGCUGAUUACAUUUGCUCUUGUGGUUAGUUAGUGUGUAUGAAGAGCUCAAGCUAAAGAGCGGAAGGAUUGAUCUUCUUUUCAGAACUACAACUAGUCAUAGUUGUAGAGAAGCUAUUAAAUCUGUCGCUAAGUAGCAUCUUAUACUAGAAGAUAGUAGAAAAGCAAAAGUAUUCUUACCUUCAACAUGAGACAGAUUAAAGCUAAUAGAUGAAAACUUAAUUGAAGAACAAUUUGUUACUGAUAUAUUUGAUGUAUAGAACUGAUAAUUAAUCAAUGAUGUUGUAGAUUGAAAUGAAACUAAACUUGUUUUGAGCGACUAUCCCUUUUGAACGCUAAUAGAAUUUCUUUUAUGUGAAUAUAUAUACCUAUCCGAUGCUUCACUAUUUGUUCUCUAAGAUUUAUGAUAUAUAUAUAUCUUAUGUGUAUUACAGAUCUAUAUAAAAAAGUGUAGAAUAUAUACGAGUGUUACAAGCCAUUGAUAGGUUUCUACUCUUAACCGCAGAUAUUAUAAUUUGAUUAUAAGAUUUACAUCUCGCUUUCAAUUGCUGUAAUGUGGUUGGGUGGUUUCUUCCUGCCUUUAAUUUACACUCUCAUAAACAUUUCAGAUAACUAAUACUUACAUAUUAUAUAUCCAUCGAUCAUAUUUCUUUGAAGAGAAUCUUUUCUAGAAAUAGAAAUUCUAUUAGAGUUCUAUAGUAACAUCUACUGUUCUUUUGCAUACUGUUAAUAAGAUAAAUGACAGAAGAAAAUUACUAUUGUAAAUUAUAUCGUUCAUCUUACAAUCAACAACAGAAUUAUAGUAAAUAAUAAAUUAAAUACAAGAUGAAUAUUUCAUGAUAUUCAAUUCAAUAAAUAAAUAUAUAUCAUUACUAAUAGAAAGAAUAAAAGUCACAAUGAUUAUUUGUUCAAAAGUUUACAUGAGUUCUAC